GGUGCCCGUGUUUGACAGCAGAUAAAGUGUUUGUGUUUAAAAAUAUCGUAUUUUUUCCGGUUUUUAUGACAACAUAUAUAUCGAAUCGCGUAUAACACCUGUGCCAGUGCGUGGACUUUCGGACUGAACGAAAAUACAUGGCCGACAUGCGAUCGUCUAAGAGUUAUGACCCGAUUUCGUCUCUCGCCCCUUGAAUGAAAAUUUGCACCCCUGGUCGGAAAAAUUGUCCAUUUUGACGAGAUCCGUUGAAGAUACGAUAAGAGGAUGGAUGGUUACCAGUUCUAAUUGAUUACAAUGAACAAUGAGUAAAACCUUUGACGGUUCAUCAAACAGUUCUGAAGAAGGGCCCUCAUCCACGUCAAAACCAUCAGACAAACAAAUGCCUAACACAACACCGAAAAUUAUAAGAACCAUCAACGGUACCGAGCUGAACACCAACAACAUCAUUCUGCUCAGAAGCACCAAGUCUUUGGAGGGCGGUCACAUAUUGCUCAGAACUGAUAAUCUGGUGAAGAACAAUAUUUUAUUGGAUGACGGGGGAGAGUCCAAAAUUGGGCAAAUUAUAUUGCAGCCCAAUAAUGAGUUCAAAAAAGGCGUGUACUUGCAGGGUGUCAAGAGAUUGGGUACGACCACCCCAAUAUUACUCUUAAGCAGUGGUGAUAAUGGAGGUGGUCACUUGAUCAUUCAUACUACCCCAGAUCAAGCCACCGCUACUCCUCAACGUACUCAAGAUGGAGGUGAGAGUGCUAUGCUUAAGGGAACCAAUCAAGCUCUUGACUUGAUUACUGAUAUCGAUGCUGGAUGCAGUAGCGCCAAUGGAAGAGGGACGUCGACUCCAAUUGGUUCAGACGGCGAACCCAUCAAGCUGCCUGAAAACCUGGAGAGUUUGCCCCGCGCUGACCACUUCCCCAUCCAGAGGCACCGCUGGAAUACGAAUGAGGAAAUCGCCGCCAUCCUUAUCAGUUUUGAUCGGCACGCGGAGUGGCAGAGCAAGGAGGUCAAGAUCAGGCCGAAAAGUGGUUCGAUGCUCCUAUAUAGUAGAAAGAAAGUCCGUUAUCGUAGGGAUGGAUAUUGCUGGAAGAAAAGGAAAGAUGGAAAAACCACGAGAGAGGAUCACAUGAAACUCAAAGUUCAAGGCACUGAGUGCAUUUAUGGAUGUUACGUACAUUCGGCCAUUCUACCAACCUUUCAUCGACGAUGCUACUGGCUCCUUCAGGUAAAUCCUGACAUAGUGUUAGUCCAUUAUCUGAAUGUACCUUACCCGGAUGAUAACAAACUGGCAGUAAUAACACCUAACCUUGCCUUAUGGGCUGACAAGAAAGAAUGGACUAAGGAUGAAUUAGUGUCGCAGCUUAAGCCGAUGUUUUUUAGUGAAGAUGAACCUGAUCUUAACAACGAAUUAGAAAUAUCGAAUUUUAAACUGCAAACUGCCGAGACUGUUGAAGCUAUCGUAAGCCAACUAAUGGAAAAGCAAAGAGUUGCUAGGCAGGCAGCACUGGUAAAGCAACUAGAAUGUGGUUGUCCAGACUCUACAUGCGCAGACGGAAAGAGCUGCUCCCAUCCAAUGCGAAGGAUCACCUCGGCAAAAGCUGGUUCUCCUUUACCCAGCACUACCGCAAACUCUAGAAAUUCCAACUCCAAUUCCGAAAGCAACAAUCAGGUUUCUUCAACAACUGGCUCGGGAUCUCUCCAUCUGAAUAACCACGGCACUCCAAGGGUAUACUCCCGUGAUCGAAGCGGUCAGCUUGCUGCUCAGAAUAGCAAUAAUUGUUCCUCCAGCUCUGGCAAUACGCCUCCGCUAGUUUUGAGUUUAUCUCAAAUUCAAGGCAGUGGAGGUCUUUUAAUCUUAAACAGCAAUAGUAACAGUACAAAUCACCAAAACCUCGUCAAUCCAGUUUCCGUGGCUAACUUCAUGACUUGUAACACUAACCGGGGGAUUGUAAAAGAUCAACGAACAAGCCAUCUAGUCCUUAAACAAGAAGUCAUGGACACAAACAACAGCCCUUCGUGUCUACACUCUUCCAACACCACAAAACAAGAUAGCAAAAACAAACAACAUCGGGACAAUAAGAUGGAGAUUAGCGAGACAUUAAGACAAUCACUGUUCGAGAGCAAUAUUUAUGGUACAAAUAAUGUUCAGCAAACUCAACAACAGACUCAGAAUCAGCAAAGUCAGUCACACCAGCAACAACAACAUCAGCAACAGCAGCAACAACAGCAGUCAAGAAAUAACACACGGUCAAUUUUCAGAUCACAACCCCAAACAGAGGUGAUCAUGUCUAGUGCCCCAUCCACUCCUUCCAAACUAAUGGAUACUGGACACGACGAGGCACCUAGUGAAGAAUACAAGCAUCAAAACUAUUGUGACGAUACUGUUGUUCUUUUAGGUGCAGAUUCCAGUGGCACAUUGGUGAACAAAAAUGGUGGUUCUUCCAUAAUAAACAAUGGAUUCUUCAAUGAAACUUUGGACCUAUCGCAAGAGGAUAUUCAAAGGACUCUUUCGGCCAAUAUGCCAAUGUGUUCAAGUGAACUGGAGAAUCAUCAUAAUUCUCAUGAAAAUGAGUCGAACAACGUUAGUCAUCAGCAAAGUAAAAAGCGAAGUGAUCAAAAUAAUUUGACCAGUGAUAUAAACCCAAUGGAUUUCAUAAACAACUGCGACGUGGUAGUCUCACCUACCCACGUAGUGGACGACGACGUCUUCGUCAAUUUGGACGCCUUCGAUAUGCUAGGCGAGUUUCCCGACCUUGAGGGCUUAGAGUCGAGCCACGCCUCCCUUUUAGAUGUUAAUCCGUCCGAGGCGACCCGAAACGGCUCGCACAGCAACCACGGUGGGAAAAAUCACGCAACCGCGCAGCCCGUUGCGCAUCAGCAGGGUCAACAGCACAGCCAGCACAAUGGUGCGCAGCAUCUGGAAGGCGCGGCCAAGAUAACGGAUUAUUCUCCAGAGUGGGCGUACCCAGAAGGCGGGGUCAAGGUGUUGGUGACAGGACCGUGGCACUCGUCAGGACCGUAUACUGUUCUCUUCGAUACAUUCCCCGUUCCAACGACUUUAGUACAAAGCGGAGUAUUAAGAUGUUAUUGUCCAGCUCACGAAGCUGGCUUAGCAACCCUCCAAGUGGCUUGUGAUGGCUACGUGAUCUCCAACUCUGUGAUAUUCGAAUACAAACUACCCCCGAAGGAAGAACAGGUGGCUGCCCCUGAGCCUAAAGUCGAAAGAUCCAAUGAUAACUUGCUUAAAUUCACCUUGCUACAGCGGUUAGAAGCUAUGGACGAUCGGUUACAAAUAAAACAGGAACCCAGUGAUAACGAUGUGGUUGAAGAUACAGCUCUGUUUACACAACCCAACUUCGAAGAUCGGCUGGUUAACUUUUGCCAAAACAUGACGUCGCGGAUCUGGAAGUUCGGUGAAGAAUUAAGUGUGGCGUGGUUCGCUAGUCAUCGAGGAAUGACGUUGUUGCAUCUCGCUGCCUCUCUUGGGUACUCCCGAUUGGUAUGUGCCAUGUUACACUGGCGAGCAGAAAAUUCUUCUUUGCUCCUAGAAACUGAAGUUGAUGCCCUCAGUCAAGAUGAAUUUGGUUACACUCCUUUGAUGUGGGCAUGUGAAAGAGGCCAUACAGAAACAGCUGUGAUGCUUUAUAAAUGGAAUCAUACUGCUAUGAACAUCAAAAAUAAGCAUCACCAGACAGCACUAGAGUGUGCAAAGUCGAAUAAUCAAGGAGAGCUGGUUGAAGAGCUUGAAAAACUGGAAGUUCGCAGGGAUAAAGCAAACAUGAUGCUACAUUCGGGCCAGUCUUCUGUUGAUAACGUUUCUCCCACCGUUAUUAGCCCUGCUAGCAGUAUUGGGUCGUUGGCUUCAAUUGCUUCCACUAGUAAAAGCCAUGACGGGGUUUUCUUGAGGCCUGGGGCUAUUACAAGAAAUGACUGUACCAAGUCAAAAUUUCUUAGCAUUGACUUGGAUUGCGAGAAUAACAACAAAUAUUUAACCUCCUCCCCUAGUCCAUUGUUAUCUGAUUUAUCGUCGAGCACUAGAGGAAGCAAUGGUCAAAAGCUAAUUAAGCGGCCCUCUAUCGAUAGUGGUAUUCAUAUGAGCUGUGGCAACAGUAUAACUUUGGAAAAUACAAGACCAAAGAGUUCAAAGGUUUAUUCCAGGGAAAGUGUGAGGUUGUCCAAAAUUGAUAGAAGUAUGUCUCUGCCCCUUCAGUCUUCCUUAUCCACCAGAGACAACUCUUUUGAGUCGGAUAUUUUGGAAUCUUCCGGACGUAAAAUGGAUUUUGCUCUAUGCGAGAUAAGAACCAGCAAUCCCAGAAGCAGUAGCCCAUUGAUCGACGUAGAGAACGUGAGUGACGAGGACGAUCAGCACCAACGUGAGGGCCACGCAGGCGCGUCCGUAGGGGAACAAGAUGCCAGAGUUCUUACCUUAGCAGAGCAAAUUAUUGCAGCAAUGCCUGACAGGAUUAAGAAUGAAUCAGAAGACCUUCUGAUGAUGGAUAACAGCCCAGGCCCUCCCGAUAGCCAGCAGUCAUCUGAAACCCUAUACGAUGUCUACAUGGAGCCUCUCUUAGAGCAAACUUCUUCCAGUUUCGAAUCUACUGAAUUUAGUUUUGAGUUUUCUGAUCACAACUACCGAUACUAUGAUGUUGGUACUCCCCAGUCAAGCUUAAGCCCCGCCUCUUCCAGCUGCCUCCAAUCCCCGUGCUCCUUUACUUUGGAUUCUCCUUCUCCACCACCUACCACUGCUGAUUUCUGCGAGUUUUUGCAAGCCUCUGGUACAGUUUUUGAAAAGGACUUUUCAAACCUUACACUCUCAGAUCGAGAACAGCGCGAGCUUUAUGAGGCGGCCAAAAUCAUUCAAAAAGCUUAUCGUUCUUACAAAGGUAGGCAGCAGCAGGAGCAAGAUAAGGAGAGGCAAGCGGCUGUAAUUAUUCAAAAUUAUUACAGAAGAUAUAAACAGUAUGCUUAUUAUAAGCAGAUGACGCAUGCGGCUACGGUCAUUCAGAACGGAUUUAGGUCAUAUUGUGAGCAUAAACGUUUCAAGAAAAGCCAAGAGGCGGCACUUUGUAUCCAGAACUAUUACAGGAACUACAAGGAGUCGGCGGGGGGUAGGGGAAGCCGAGAAGGAACUCCUGCCGGGUCGGGGCUCAAACGAACCUACUCUCAGCGAAGGCAGCACCAAGCAGCCAGAAAAAUUCAGCAGUUUAUGCGACAAUCAAAAAAUAAAUUACAGAGAGAACGAGCAGAAAAAGAGAGGCAGGGGGGCCAGUCAGCGGAUGUCCCCCAAAAGUCACAAUCUCAAGGGGGCUCUUCCAGUUGCACCGGCACAAAUAACACUAUCAGAUUCGAGUUAAAUAGUGCAGGCCAUCCACCAAGCGAUUCAAGGACAUCUCCAAAUGAUAGGCGCAAGUAUUGAACAGAGAUUCCCGCUAAAGAUGUCCAACAGAUGAAAUUAUACAUUUUGUAAAAUAAUAAUUCUAUAUAUUCAUAGAGAUUAUAUUAUAUUAUAUUACUUAAUAGAUCCAAAGGAUUUAGUUUGGUUAUUUGGAUAUUCUGAUUUCUAGCGAAAAUUAGAUUUCAGAACAGUCUAAAUAAAUAUAUAUAUAAUUUUACGUAUAUUAUCAAGUUUUUAAAACCUGCAUUAUAAUGCAAAAAGAUCGACAAAAAAGUGAGAUUGUAUUAGAGUACUAAAAACUUACGAAACUCUUUAUAAUAGGAACUUAUAUUUCUGACCGUUUCAACUAUAUUUUAUUAUAUUUGAGCUGUGAUUGUAGUAAUGAGCACACUUUUUCAAAUACCUUAAAAACCUAAUUCGAGUUUUUUUUUGGUAAUAAAAAUAGUUUAGAAAUUUAAAUAGAGUAAAAUCAAAAUUAAGUUGGUAUUAAAGAAAAAGUGUUUUGUUGUUAUAGUCAAAUAUAUUCUAGUCUUUAAUGUGUAACUUGUACUUAUAAUCAAGCAAAAUGAUUUCGUUAAUUUGUUAUGACAUACGUUUAAAAAGUACUUAAGGAAACUUUUAUAUUUCUAUAUCUCGACUUGUUUCAAACUGUUUUUCACUGCCACGGUUACUUAAAAAAAUAAUAUGGUAUAGUCAUAUAAUUUAUUUUUAAUUUGUUUAUUAUUAUGUCAUAUAGUAAUACAGGGUGCUUUGUUUUUAUGCCUACAAAAGCGUGUUCUUGGUGAGUUGUCUCUUACCCAAUUAUGAAAAAAAAAUCUUAUAAGUAAGGGUCCUAAGAUACCGAAUAUUAAUUAAAAAAAAAGUUUUAUGGGUAAAUUAACAAAUGAUAGAUGACUUUUAAAUUAAUUAAAUUCGAAUAUGGAUUAAAAGGUCCAGUAGAUCUUUAUUUAUUUUAUCAUCCUGUACAUCGAUAAUAAAAACUUUUUCUAGGCUCUUGUCACCACUACUAUGAAACACCCUGUAUUUUAUGAUUGACGAAUCUGUUUGACGUUUGUUUACCAUCAGAAACUAUACGGUUUUGUGAAGCAAUAGUGUUAACAAUGUAUUAUUCUUUGUGAUUUUUAUAAUUAUUGUGCUGAACGAACGUCCUUAUGAAGUAGUGUUAAUGAUUCUACUAAUAGAUGAAAAACUUCGCUCAUACAUAUCAUACUAGUUUGUAAUACGUAAAGUAAUAUUUUCAAAUCUUAUUAACCUUUUGAUUUUUGUUUAUGAAAAGUCGUUUCUAAUAUAACCAAAAAAAUUUAUUUUUUGGUUAUUUUUGGAAAAAUAAAAAAAAAACACAAAAGUCACUGAAGGAGUGUAAAUAAUGUAAAGGAAAUUAUGUAUGGAUUUUUUGGUGCUCAGUAAGUCAUGCACAAAUAGUUGAAGAGGUUUUCGGACAUGAUAAAGUGUAUUUGUCAAUUAAUUAAACGACUUGUAUGAACAUUUAUUUUCCUUUUUAGUGUUAUUUUGAAGGUUAAGUACUAUCAGGAUGUACAAUAAUUACGAGGAAGAUGACAAUGUUAAUACUCCUAACUUUUAUAUAUCCAAUACCUCAACACAAAUUAAUUCUAUGUAUAUUCGUUAAAAAGUUCGUCCUCUAAAUUCUUUAAGAGCAUAUCCACAGAUUAUUAAAUUUAUUCAGUGGAAAUGUAGUGGAGGUCCUUGCCUAAAUAAACAAUCCAAAUAUGCACUGUAUACAUUGCAGCAUUCAUAUCGGAUCUGUCUAUGGCUUCCAAGACAGUAAAUAGGUUGAUAGUAUUGUCUACAUUAGUAGUAGUCGUUUACAAGUAUUUUUUUUAUAAUGGCAUACAUCAGCUGCAAAAAUAUAUUGGACAUUUGUUGGCUACAAGAUACGCAUGUUUUAAUAGUUAUAUUAAAAUCAGUAUAUCGAUUGGAAAUCCAUGUCUGUUAUAUGGAUAAUCUAGAUAGAAUUUGGAUCUUUGAUGGAUAUUCAUUGUUCUGAUAUGCGGAUCUUAUCUCAAAUUUAAUAAUUUUCUGUUUGAAAACAUUAUUGUUCCUUUGAUAUCGUAAUUUUAAAAAGCUUUUAGGUUAGUUUUAAGAAUAUCUAGCAAGUGUCUCUAGCCCUAUCUUCGAUAGUCUUUUAAAAUAUCUGUUAUAUUUGCCCAGAAAGUACAAGGUAAAUGAGUCUUAUCUAGUACCUAAAAAGUUCGAAAGUUAUAUGCCUCAUCUUAUCAAAUGCUUUGAAGAUAUCGAGGAAGACUUCCCCGGACAGCAUAAAUUUAUCCAAUGGAAAUAUAAAUAUUUUCACUUUUUUGAAAUGUGAAUGUUCCGUCCGAUAAUUUUUUUUGCAAAAAAAAAUAAAUGAUUAUACAAAUGACACAAAUUUUACCGACCAUAGGACGAUUAAAUAAACUGUUUUACUGGACAGAGAAUUUGUUGAUGUGAAGGAACAUGUAAAAUAGAAAGUCCUAUAGAUAGGUAAAUGGAAGUCACAUAGGUAAAUUGUAUUCAACCAUAGUACAUCCAAUUAACUAUAAAAAAUGAAUGGAAGUCCAAUCCAUAUAUUUAGGUCCAUUGGAAGUCCAUACUGUUGCAAAACAGGUACCUUGUUUUUAUUUUAAACACAUCUUAUUAUUUCAUUGAAGCCAGGAGAUUAGAAAUUUUGUAAAUCCAUUAGACGUGAAAUAUAUUUAUUAACCUUCGUCUUCCCACGUUAGAAAAGUUACGUAAAGUCCCAAGUGGGGUACAUUUGUACCCCAUCAUGAAAAUGAUACUACUGAUACAUUUACAUGUUUUUAAUUAAAUAAAUACAUAAAAUAAACUUGUAACUAAUCAAAUUAUAAAAAAAACAUAGUUAAUUUUCUUUGCACCCAACAUUCUUCACACCUAACUUCACUUCUUUUACAUGGUGUUCCGCGCAUACGAAAUUUUGACACUCCUUGCAAAGUUGCCUAGAUUUGCGAUCUCUAUUUCGAUCACAGAGAUAACAACGUCCACUUUUAAGUCUUUCAUUUUGGUUUUCAACUGGAGGAGACGCCAAGUCUGGAACAACAUCGCGCAUAUACUGCCUUAGCGUCUUGCUCAAGCGUCUUGAGUUAUUAUAUCUUCGUACAAUAUAUUCUUUUACCACAGAUUCUCCUAACUGAAGCAAAAAAUAUCGUCGGUCGUCCUUAGAUUUUUUGAUUUUUGGAUACUUGAUGUCCUAUAAAAUAAAAGAGUUUAGUGCCGCAAUAUCUAAUAAUUGGCCAAAAAUUGCCAUUGGCCAUCGAUUGCAAAUUCUGCGAGCAGAGUAUUGCUUUACCAUUUUAUCUGUGGUGUCUACAUCACCAUUACAUACACACAUUAUAAUGAAGUAUAAUAUGAGGUUUAUUCUUAUAUUUUUCAUCUGCACCAGUAUCAUCAUGAUGUUCCGUAGACAAUAAAAUAACUGCUUUGCCUUUGCUAGGUGUAUAAGACACAAUAGUAUGGUCUUUUGUGAAUGCAAACAUACUAGAAAAUUCAGGCCUAAAUAAUUUGGGUUGCAACUCGUUUGGAAUGUAUGACUUAUUUUUUCUAAGGACUCCACACAGGGUAAGUUUUUUUUCAGCAAGCUUAUCCACCAGUGGUAGACUUAAAAAAAAAUUAUCAGUGGUUACUCCAUAUCCAGUGCCAAGGGGUUCAACAAGAUCCAGAACCACUCUCACCCUAAUUUUUUUCUGGUUUGUUAUUUAUUUUACCAAGAUAAACCUGUAAAUUUGCACUGUACGAAUUUUUACUAUCCGCCAUUGCCAAAUUUUAAGGCCAUAUUUAUCGGGCUUACUUUUCAUGUAAACUCGAAAAGGACAUAUCCCUCUAAAGGAAACAAGUUGCUUAUCUAUAGUAGCAUGUGACCCAGGUGAAUAGGCUAUGAUACAAACAAACAAAUUAAAAACUUCUCUAAUUGGCGCCAAUUUAUCGUUUAUCUUACGCUGAGGUCUAGUAGAAUAAUCGUCAAAUCGAAAAAAUGCUGUAAGCAACUGAAAUCGAUUACGUGACAUACUUGCCGGAAUAAUAGGCCUGACAUAUUUCUUAUCUGUACACCAUAACAUUUUUUGGGGCUUCUUGGUUGCUUAUAGCGCUCCUUGGAUCAGCAGGCAGCAUUCCUAGGUACACCUUGAUUUCCGUAGAAUCGGUAAGCUGCCAAGUUCGUUGCAAUUUAUGUGGAUAUUUUUCAUUCCAUUGUCUUAUUACCUAUAACAAAAUAAUUCUUAAUAAGUAACAGUAAAAUAAAGAAAACUAAUAAUACUAAUAAAUAAUAUCAAAUAAAAUUUUAAAUAGGGUCAAUGAAAAAGGAAACUUACCUCUUCAGCUUUUCUAUUCGUUUGAACUACUAAUAUAUUCAAUAUAUUGUCUGACAUGAACAGUAAAAAAGCUUCAAUUUCAGUGGUAAAAUUUGAACUAUACGGAGUAAGACCUUGUUUAUUCUUUAUUAUAUCUUUAGCUCCUCUGCGUGUCUGAGGAUAGGGAACUUUUGACCACUGGGUACCAUCUUUAGAUUUAUAAAAUAGACUUCCACCGUUCAUAGACUCUUGCUGUUCCUGCUCCACAGAUGUGCCUUGACUGUCACUAUCGCAUUCAAUAAGAUCCGACUCCUUGUCAUUUAUUUCCGGUUCCCCGUCACUUUCCUCAUCGUCAGACAAAAUUACGUCAAAUUCCCCUAUUUCAUCAUCGGAGUCUGCAUAUAAUGGCCGUUCUAAUUCGGCAUCACAUCACAAGACCUUUCGACAUUUUUGAUUAAAUUCUAAAAAAGCGAAAUACCACAAAACUCGCAAAACUAACUGCUAAAACAAAACACUUCAAUGGCUUUGAAAUAAAUAAAACAGUAAAUAAGUCUGCGCACACUGCAACGAUCACUCUAAUCAACUAAAGGGGGGUUUACACGAUGCCAGUGACUUGAACAAGUUACUAGAAUCCAGUACCAAAAGCAAGUGCUUUGGAAGAUAGUUCUUGUCUACAUGAUGCCAGUCAUUUGAUCAAGUAACUUGCAUAAAAUCCAUUUUAUCAAGUUUUUGUAGUGUAGGUUACAGGCGAGAAUUAAAAACGUUAAAUUGAAAUGAUAAGUGCGAAGCAGAAGGAAUAUGUUUUACUUAAAAGAAGCUUAAUAUUAGGUGUUAAAGUACUGAUAGAGGAGUUAAUUGGCAUUGUUCAGAGUGAAUUAACAACAAAUCCCAAGAAAAGAAUUUGGGUUAGAAAAUGGCUGGCAAGGAGAAGCACGCAUGGUGCAUCUAACAUGCUUUUAAAGGAACUUGCCAUCGAAGACGUUCAAGAAUACAGAAACUGUAUGAGAUUCAUGACGUUCUUCUGAAAAAAAUAUCGCCAGCUAUACAGCGAUCUGACACCACAAUAAGAAUGGCUUUACCUGCCAGAACAAAAUUAGAAAUUACUCUAUCAUACUUAGCUACUGGAAAUAGUUACCGAAAUUUGCAGCAGCAAUUCCGUGUUUCUCGGCCUGCAAUUUCCAAGUUUAUUCCAGAAGUUUGCGAUGCCAUGUACGAUGCAUUGGAGGAUUUUAUACAGGUAAAUAAUGUCGUAUUCCUUUUUUUAUAAAAUUAAAAUCAUAGUUUUCAACAGUAAAAAAAUAAUUAUUCAUAUAUCAUAUUAUUCAAUUUAACGUAAAAUAACACAUUAUUCUUUAAACUGAAAUCUAAAUAUUAAGUAUGAAUGAAAAUAAAGUAUAUGAUUCUAACCCCAAUUAUCAGUAUCUAGAUCAAAAGCGGAUCUAUAUGCUUCGGAAAGAAUAUUGCUUGUAUUGUUAUCUGCCGGUGGUAGGGAUGUGUUGGGUGAUUCUGGAGAAAUCAAGGUUUCACCUGAUUCCGGGAUUGGCAAAGUACUAAAUGCACUGGUGCAUCUGGAAGAACCUAAUGAGGUGCUUGUACCUUCUAUAUUUGACACUCUGGAACGAGUCAAAAUUUGCUGAAUUUCAGCUUGAGCCGUGACGGCCGCUAAAAGGGGCAACUUAUUUAAUUGUGCAGCUACGCUCUU